GGGAGGAAGUGCACGGCAGGCCAGAGUAGGAAUCGAAGGAAAAGGGCGGAGGGAAGGGAGCCACCGAGGGGAUUGUGAAAAUGACAAACCACCAUGACUUUUAGCAGCGGGAUAAAUUAUUACAUUUAAUUCCAGUCUCGCAGGACUUUACAGACACGUGAAGCUACUUUGUCUACGGUGAACGGCACAUGGCCACAAGGUGACUGCCUGCUUGCUCUGAUUGUUGCUCCAGGCACCGCAGCUCCCGUCCUUCCAGAAGAGUUUGUCUGGCCGGCAGGCGGGCGGACGGGUGACAGGGAGUUGCAAGGGCCAUGCAUCAGGGGUGAGGGGGAUUCGCAGAGGGGGAAACACACAGCAUCGGGCGAGGAAGGCUUCAGGGGGCCGGUCCGGAGCAGAGAUGAAGCUCAAACAGCGCAUGGUGGUGCUGUGUGCCGUGCUCCUCCUGCUGGGCCUGGCCAAGAUCUUCCUCCUGGAUGGAGGCGAAGGAUCUGCAGCCAGCAGACGCGACCUCAGAGCAUUUCGCAAGAUGGAAGCUGGCCUUUCUUUGUCCCGCGGCGCUCGUCUCACCCACACCCUCCAGUCUCCAUGGGAGAUAGCAAGCCAGUGGGUGGGUCCGAGAGAGGUGUACCCUGAGGAGACCCCAGAGCUGGCUGCCGUGCUCACUGCCCUCAGUGCUGCCAGAAUAGAACGGGCAGACGUGGGCUAUAAGGGCACUCAGCUCAAAGCCCUGCUGGUGCUGGAUGGGGGACAGAAAGUGGUCUUCAAACCCAAAAGAUAUAAUAGAGACUAUGUUGUUGAGGGCGAACCAUACGCAGGCUAUGACAGACACAACGCAGAGGUGGCGGCUUUUCACUUGGAUAGGAUCCUAGGGUUUAGGAGAGCACCUCUCGUGGUGGGGCGAUACAUCAACCUGCGGACAGAGAUUAAGCCCGUGGCCACGGACCAGCUGCUGAGCACCUUCCUCAUGCAGGGUAAUAAUACAUGUUUCUAUGGAAAGUGUUACUACUGCCGGGAGAGUGAGCCGGCGUGUGCAGAGGGAGAGAUAAUGGAGGGAUCAUUAACCCUUUGGCUGCCAGAUGUCUGGCCGUUGCAGAAGCACAGACAUCCGUGGGGGCGCACGUACAGAGAGGGGAAACUGGCCAGGUGGGAGUACGAUGAGAGUUACUGUGACGCAGUGAAGAAAAUGCCCCCGUACGACGCAGGGCCGAGGCUGCUGGACGUCAUAGACACGGCCAUAUUUGAUUACCUCAUUGGGAACGCCGAUCGGCAUCACUACGAGAGUUUCCAGGACGACGGCGGCGCCAGCAUGCUCAUCCUGCUUGACAAUGCAAAGAGCUUUGGGAACGCAGCUCUGGAUGAACGAAGCAUCCUCGCACCACUCUACCAGUGUUGCAUGGUCCGUGUGUCCACGUGGAACAGGUUAAACCUGCUGAGAGGUGGAGCUCUAAGUUCAGCGAUGCGGCAGGCUCUGGCAUUUGACCCUAUUCACCCGGUCCUGGCUGAACCACACCUCGCAGCCUUGGACAGGCGUCUCUCUGGAGUCAUAGCAACUGUUAAACAGUGCAUGGAGGCACAGGGCCCUGACAACACACUAAUCGAGGACCGAAUGAACCUCCCACACCCCUAAAAAGAAAAGAGAGGAGAAAACACCCAAAAAACUGGAACAGCCAGGACUUACUUCCUGAGCCUGGAGAGGAGGAUAGUGACAUGGAGGGAGGUGACUGAGCAAAUGGAUCAGCCCUGGUGUUAAAGAAAGAGAUGCAGAGUGAGUAAAUGGAUUGACAGGGUGGAACAAAGACUGUGCAUUUCUUUUCCACCUUUGUCCCUUCAAUGUUUGUCACUAUGACAAGACUGGAGUGGUUCUCAAAAAAAGGAAUCACUGGAUUCAAGGAGUUGGAACUUUGUCACUUUCAGUAAAAAAAAAAAAAAAAAAAGUUCUCUCAGGACUGCUGUGCACUAGAGGACAGUAUCUGCUGUAAGAGCCUCUCCGUCUCCUACUACUGGUUAUGACCACACUCCUGCCGUGUGCCAGAUCCUCCCUCCCAGUCCAGCCUUUGUUCUAGGAGUCAACUAAGAAGAGAAAGAUGGAGCUCAGAGAGAUGCAGAGACUCCAAAAAGGGGGAGGGAAGGUUAAAAUGAGCAACCAACAUUUGGAUGAAACUCACAGUCCAGGAAAUUGAAAAUCUGUUCUAGAACUGAAAAUACCCCCCCCCACCCCCCGGACUGAAAUGUAACUUUGACUGGAGAGAAAAGAAAUCCAUUCAGCUCUACCCCAUCAGUGUGUACAUAUUUAACUAAGUAGUGACAUAGAAUUAUGAGGAGAAAGAAUAUAAAUUUGUGGAUAAUAAUAUUAAAUAAACUUAAGGGUGUGUCUGUGUGUGUGUGUGUGUGUGUGAGUGAGUGUGUGCGUGAGUGUGCGUGGGUAUGUGUAUGGGAGAGUGCCAUAUUGUGCCGUAAAUAAGACAGCUACUGACAUGACAGACUUGAAGGGAGGGGAUUCAGAGGUCAGGUGUGUGGGUUCAUCUUCAGCAUUAAACUAUGAUCUAUUUCA